AUGAUUAAAUUAUUAGAUUUUAUAAUUUCAAUAAUACUUACAAGUUUUAUAAAAUGCAAAACAGAGACAAUUAGUAUCAAAGAAAAACAGAACAGUUGGAUGGACAAACCUUGGUUGGAUUACCUUGGAGUAAUUUUAAGUAUAAGUGUUUCGGUUAUAGAAUCAUUUGGGAGUACAAUAAUUAAAAAAAGUCAUAUACUUUACGCAAAAUAUAAAAAACUUAUUGAAAGAAGAGAAUCAACAUUAAGUAGAUUAGAAGAAAAAAAUAGUAUGAAUAAAUAUAAUCAAUAUUCUAAUCAAAGUAAAAAAAAAAAAAAGUAUUCUUUUUUAAAUAUUUCAAUGAGCAAUAUACAAAGUUCCAAGAAAAUAUGCAAAAAAAGAAUGAAAGAAAAAGGAAUUUUAUGCACUAAAUUCUUUUGUAAAAAAAUAAAAAAAGAAAGAAAGAAAAAUGAAAAUAUAAAUGAAAUUGAGGAUAACGAUUAUGAAAAAGAAAAAGAAAAGAAUUAUGUUAAUGAAGGAAAAUUAAAAAAUAAAAAAAAAAAAAGUAAAUCGGACAUUAGAGAACCGGAAUCAAUGGAUUACAUAUAUUCUAAAAACAACAGAAAAUUAAGAAAAGUAUGUAGUCUUCAACCAGUGAAUAUUAUGAAAUCAAAUAAUUUAAAAGAGGAGCUUAAUAUAAUAAGAAAUAAAAAUGAAGAUUACAAUACUAAAAAUAUUUCUAAUAAUAAUGAAAUUUUUAGUAUAAAUUACAAAAAUAUGAAUAAUAGUGUUACUAAUUGUAAUUCAAAAUAUAAAAAUUUAUAUAGUAAAAACUUAAAUACGAGAGAAAUAAAUAAAAGCGUUACAAGAAAAGGAAGAUUUUUACAAUCAUUUAAAAAUUCGAAUUGUUGCACAUUAAAAAAAAUGAAAACCUUUAAUUAUUUUUAUAGAGAAAGCAAAGAAAAUUAUAAUUAUAUUACUAAUUCAUCCUAUAAGAAGAACAAAUUUAAAAAAUAUAUAAAAAAAAAUAAAAAAUAUAAUAAUACAUAUAAGUUUUAUAAAAAAAAAAAAAAUGAAGAAAAAUCAUUUUCACAUGAAUCUCUAUUAAAAAGUUUCUAUACAUUGCAAGGCAGGAGUAUUAAUGAAACAUUUAUGUCAAAAGAUAUGAAUUUUUGUAAUGAAGAACAAUUAAACAUAUGUUUUAAUAAUAAUCAAGAUUAUAUAUUUUAUAAGGAUAUAAAAGAAAAAAAAAGUGAGAUAAUAACAAUGUUAAGCAAAAUGGAAUCAAGAAAGAAUCGUAAUAUUACAACAAAUACAACAGGCGAAUAUAAAAUGUAUUAUUCAUCCUUUCCACCUCAGAAAUCAUUAAAUCAUAUAAAUAGAAAAAAAUAUAUAUUUACUGAUGAAAAUAUAUAUCAUAACUCUUUUUAUAAUAGUCAAAAUUUAGAAUUAAAAAAAAUAUAUAAUGAACAAAAAAAUAGUGAUGGAGAAGUUACUAGAAGCUCUACAUUACAAUUAGCAGAUGAAAGUUAUAUAAAAAAAUUAAAAAAAAAAAGUUAUAUUUAUUUUUAUUUUGGUAUAUUUUUUACAAGUAUAGUAGCACCAUCCUUUAAUUUGUUUAGUAAUGCGCUUUUACCUGCUUCUAUGGUUGGCUUUGUAAGUGUUCGUCUUAUUUGUUCUUUAUUGCUGGAAAAAUUUGUUUUAAAAGAAACUCAAUCAUUUUAUUUAUAUAUUGGUAUUCCUUUUGCUACAAUAGGAUUAAUAUUAAUAACAAUAUUUUCUGGUAAGGAUAGUAAAUUCAUUGAUUUAGAUUACAUUUUUAAAUUAUUUUUUAAAGCGGAAUCAAUAUUUUUAAUGGCAUCAGAAUUACUAUUCACAUACUCAGUUGCAUUACUCUCUAUAAAAUAUUUCAGAAAAAAGAAAAAAAGAAAAAAUAAUUUCUUAUAUAUAUUUUCUCCUUUUUCAUCUGGAAUAUUUGGAUCAAUAAGUACAAUUCUUUGUAAAGCAUUGGUAAUAGGUUUUAUGUCUAUAAUAGUAAAAGAUAAAUUUAGAUUUUUUCAAUUUUUUUUAAAUUUUAAAUUAAUUAUUCUAGCUACAUUAACUUGUACUGUAGCAUUGACAGAGAUAUUUUAUACUUCUUAUUUAUUAAAGCAUUAUCAUUUAACUCAUGUAGUAUCAUUAAAAAGUUUUGGCAAUGUUUCGUUUAAUGCAAUAAAUGGAAUAUUUAUUUUUAACGAAAGGCCAUCAAGUAUAUGUGCUUGGGCUUUUGGCUUUCUUCUUGUUCUUAUCGGAAUAAUAUUUUUAUCGUUUGAAAAUGUUAUUCCUUAUUCCUUAUAUUAUUUAAAAAUAUAUUUUAGGAGACCUUCGUAA